UUUUUCCUCCCUAAAAUGAUCAAAAGGCUCUCUCUCCGGCCAGCGUCCGGGCAGUUUCGGCCACCUUGGCCCUGGCAGAUCCACAAUGAGGUAAUUGACGACCAAGGAUGGGCCGGAGCCUCCACGGCUGCCCGGUGUCUUCGCCGCAGAGCAGGGGUGGGGGAAGGAGGAGAAAGAACUCGCGGGGGCUCGGGCGCCCGGGCAGAAGGAGCAGGAGGAGAGCGGGCAGGCGACAGCGCACGGCGGUGGAGAGCCCCUCGAUCAAUUUUCAUGCAAGAAUCAUUAUCGGUAAAUUGGAAAGCUGGCUGCCUGACAGCAGAUUUGUCUCCCCUAAUGAAAGCGAAAGGGUAGGGGCGCAGCGGCUGGCGGCUGCAGGCGGCGGCGGCUCCUUCAGUCUCUACGCGGCAUCUUCCAAGAGCUCCAUGCUUCGCAGGGCGAUAAUAAUAGUUUCACUUGCGAGCUUCCCCCCGCGCGGCUGCCGCGCCGGGCAGCAGAUCCAUGCGGACCGGGAUCGGGGCGCAGAGAGCUGGGCUCCCCUCUGCAAACGCGGGGAGAGUGAUGCUGCUGGCGGCGGGGUGCUCCCCUCUGCCCCAAAGCGGGGGCCGUUUGCAAACUGUGGGCGGCUGCGGGCGCCGCCGGUCCCCCCUCCGGCUGCCCAACUCCGCGCUCUGGCCGCCCGCCCGCCCGCCCGCCCCUCCUCCCUCCCUCCCCACCCACGUCUGACAGCUGCGGGAGCCGGGAGUUCACCCGCCGCCGGGGCCUGGGAGAAGGGUCCCCAAGUCGUGCUCCGGGAGCUCUGGCCCGCCUUUUGUGAAACCCACACGGGGCUGCAGAAACACACCGGCCCGGCCCAGGGUGAGCUCCUAAGGCCAGCGGCUUCCUUCUCUCCUUCUUUUCCUCUCACCCCCCACCCCUCAAAAAUCCCUGUUGCAAGUGUAAUCAAAUGCUUGAUACCAUCUCCCACACUCUCCCUGCACUGGUGCAUUAUCAGAUCCGGGAAGGCAUGCUUCCAGGCAAAUAGACCUAAUAAAUGCUAUUACUGGGAUUCUGCAAGCCCCGGCUGCACCAUAGUAACGAGAGCCCUGGCUAAUUUGGUUUAAGAAAACGACCAACUGCACAGAGUAUGUGUGAGUGAGUGUGGAGCCUGUAUCGCUCCUCCCCACCCGCCUCUCUUUCACACCAGCUCACGAAGGCCCCAUGUGAUAAUUCCCCAAAUCGAAGGGGGAAAAACCCUGCCGCCAAACCACAUCCUGUGCGCUCAUUGUCCAGCCCAGCGAUUUUAAAGAGACAGGAUCCAUUUACCCACGCCCGCACACACAC